AACUCGCAACAAGUAUUAACAGGGAGCAACAUUAUUCGGUCUUUCUCCAUUUCUUUAUUGUAUAUCAGCACUGUCUGGGUCUCUGCGUAAAUUGCAACCAAGCAAAGAUCUGUAUUUCUUCGUUGCCCUGUUUCUUCACUGCUGCCAUUAUCAAGCUAUUCAGAACGGCUAACCACCCAUUCGAGGUCAUAGCUUUGGACAUUUCAGAAAUUCAACAAAUUUAAAUGGGAAAGUUGAUUCUCCGAUGGCUGACGAGAUGGGUUUCAAUUGCGAGUUUAGAUAGCUUGGACUAUAUUUCUUGUGAAAAAUGUGUAGGAUCCUUGUGUUCCUGGUUUUAAGUGGAAGUUUUAGGUUUUCAUAUUAUUUGCAAGAUAGAAAUUGAUAGAAGAGGAUCGUCUUUUGAAGUAAAAAGCUGUUACAAUGAUUGGAAAGUCGCUACUGUUAACCUACCUUUACCUGCUGGUGUAUAUAUUGCUCUCAUCAGGUGUUAUUUUGUACAACAAGUGGGUUUUAUCUCCAAAAUACUUCAAUUUUCCUUUCCCUAUAACACUUACCAUGAUUCAUAUGGGAUUUUCUGGUGUGGUAGCAUUCUUUCUUGUUCGUGUCCUUAAGGUUGUAUCACCUGUCAAAAUGACAUUUGAAAUAUAUGCCACAUGUGUGAUUCCCAUAAGUGCCUUYUUCGCAUCAAGCCUUUGGUUUGGCAACACUGCUUAUUUGCACAUUUCUGUUGCCUUCAUCCAGAUGCUUAAAGCCCUAAUGCCAGUGGCAACAUUUCUCAUGGCUGUUAUAUGUGGGACUGACAAAUUAAGGUGCGACGUGUUCUUGAACAUGGUGCUGGUCAGUGUUGGUGUUGUCAUUUCCUCCUAUGGGGAAAUUCAUUUCAAUGUAAUUGGUACAGUUUACCAGGUCACAGGCAUAUUUGCUGAAGCUCUUAGACUGGUCUUAACUCAAGUCCUUCUCCAAAAGAAGGGCUUGACAUUAAAUCCCAUCACCAGCUUAUAUUACAUAGCCCCAUGCAGUUUUGUGUUUCUGUUUGUUCCCUGGUAUUUGCUGGAGAAACCAGGGAUGGAAGUUUCACAGAUUCAGUUCAAUUUCUGGAUAUUUUUUUCAAAUGCCCUUUGUGCACUAGCCUUGAACUUUUCAAUAUUCUUGGUAAUUGGAAGAACUGGAGCAGUCACUAUCCGGGUUGCUGGUGUUCUGAAAGAUUGGAUUUUGAUUGCACUUUCAACUGUUUUAUUUCCUGAAUCAACGAUUACUGGUCUGAAUAUCAUUGGCUAUGCAAUUGCUCUAUGUGGUGUAAUCAUGUAUAACUACUUGAAAGUGAAGGAUGUCCGAGCAUCUCAACUUCCGGCUGAAAGUAUCCCAGACAGAGCAUCAAAGGAGUGGAAGUUGGAGAAGAAGUCUUCUGAUCUUUAUGUACCCAACAGUGGCAAUAAUAACAGUGGAGGGAAUUCAUCUGCUUCUGAUCCAAAUGUGGAUGAAGAAGCAGCUCUGCUUCCAUCCUCAAGGCUGUCUCAUAUUGGGCGUACCCAGAUUGGCAGCCACUCGUGAUGGUUCAUGACAUGCAGCCCAAGUAUAGACCAAUUUUCUUGUAAGCUGUCUCACUUGGGGGGUGGGGGGCAUUUUAUUUGCAAAUAGAGAAAAGGGAAUGAAGCCAGACGAAUUGUAUUCCUUUCUUUUGCAAAGAACCACCAUUCGUUGCCAUUCAAUAUUGAGGGAAUUCAUUGUAGAAACUUCAUUUGUAGUUUGGGCUUGAAAUAUAGACUACAGAGGUUAGUUUACUCA